GCAACGCAUCGUAAGCUGCAACACAGUGCAACAAGACAUGCAUGAUCGCUUCGAGGCCGCCGUCGAAAGUGGAACGGAUUUGAAGAAACCCGGCUGCGCUGCUGUCGCGUGUGGAGACCGAAGCAGGUUUUUCAAAAAUCUGCGCUUCCCGCCUGGCAACGGCGGCGACUCAAUUCCGCGAUGGCGGCCGGCGGCGCGUCGUCAGCUCCUUCCGAAGAUGUGGACCUACUUUAUCCAGAGCUUAUGUCGGUGAAGGCCAUCGUCAAAAUUUUGAAAGAGCGGUAUGUGAAGCACCCGCGGCUCGAGGAACUGGACAAGGCGGAUCUUGUGCAAUUGUACGAGAAGACGGUGCUGCCACUGCCGCAGCGGGAGUACCGGGACACACGGUCGGGGCGAGCCCUGUCAGCCCUGCAGGAGCGGGCCAACAGCCGCUGCAAGCGGAAGGCCUCCCAGGAGUCUUCCUCUGACUCAACGUCCACAAAGCACCGCAAAGGCAGCCACGGUCAAGCAGAUGAUGACGACAAGGCACGGCGGCGGCCAAGCAAACCUCUUGCAAAGCGAGACAGGAAAUCGGAUGCCGCAGCAAGUGGGGGCGGCGAGUGGGGCUCCUGGGAUGAAGAAGCCAAGUCCAAACCGAGCAAGACGAGUGUCACGAAUAGGUGCCACGGCGAGGGUGAUGGACCUCCGAGGAAAAAGAACCGGACUCCUAUCACAUGGCCAUAACUGGUGCAGAAGGGUUCGAGCAAGCUGCCACCAAACUCAAACUUGACGCAUGUCUGCAAAGGUGGUGAAAAUGGUGUUGAGGCUUAACACAUUUACACUCGCUAUCAUCUUUGUCAUCUUCGUCAUCACGUGCAUUUUGUUGUGUGGAACACAGGGGGGCACCAUUUUACUGAAUGCACAUCUGUCGAAUGUUAAGCAAAUAUGAGCGACAGGCUUUCCCGGCUAAACCACUGAAAUUUUGAGCUGAAGUGGCCUUUUACAGUGUGCUUAAUUCAAAAUGUUUGCCUAUGGUAGUUUCAUAUUUUGUUAAGAUUAAGUCUCAACUGCACAUUUUCUGCAGUGACACCAGGUGAAAAGAGCAGGUUUUCUCUGCAAUGGAACAGUGGCACCAUCUGUCACAGUUACGGUGAAACAAGGCAUACUGUGUUUUGCCAUAACAAUGGCAGAUGGCACCAGCACUCUUUUCGGUGACAAACUGCUUUCUUAUGACCACAUUGCUGCAGACAAGGUGUAGUUGCAGUUUAUUCUAGACAAUGCAGGCACGAAAAUGUGUACCGUAAAAUGCCACCUCCGUGAAAAAUUUCUGCGCAAACAAGUCGGUAAUUGAGCCAGGAGAGCCAAGCAUACCUAGCUCUCUUAUUUGCACAAUGUAUUGCAGACUGUGGUUGAAGUGGGCUGACAAUAAAAGAUUUUGCACACCCAGCUGCUCGUUCUCAAUUCACACAAAUGCUGCUGUAUAUUGUAGCACUUAUGCAGCAAGUUCAGAGUUCUACAGCGAUAACAGUUGAGGGUACCUUAACCCCUUCAGGCAGCAAAUUAAAUCUUCCGAGGGGAGAAAAUGUGCCAAUCAGCAUUUUGGGCUCUCCACAUUUCAAAAGAAUGGUUUUCAAAAGACAGAAUUAAUUUUUAACUGUUUUUCAUGAUGUCCGAAUCCGUACAGUGCACCUGAAGCCAGAAAAAAAAAACAUUGCUCGCAACUAACAAAACCUUCUUAGGUGUUCUUUGCCGGCUAUGUAGCACAAAUUAUUUUUCACUCUUUCUUCAUUUGAUAAGUAACACAAACACAUUAUGUACCCUGUACCAUAUGCAAGAUGAGUAAAAAUAGACACCUUGAUCUGACAAGCAUGGGAAAAUGAAAAACGUUUGGCAGCUAAUCUAGAACUUCUGGCAAUCUGGUGUGCCAUCGUGCUCCAGCUAGUGAUUGUCGCUGUUGUACCUGUUGGCCUCUGUCAUUAGCGACUGCGUGUUUGUCUUCAGUAGUGGCACUGACUUUCAUUGCUUGACUGGCCACGUUUUUGUGCUGCUGUGUCGCUGCAGAUGACAAAGCUAUGUGCAGGAUCUGUUUCUCCAAAGUGUUCUUUGGGGGUCGGGGCGGUGGGGGCUUCUCUGGUGUUUGCACCUCUGAGGUACUGUAUUCUCACCAGCUGUAGAGCUGUUGCACUGUGCUUAAUAUUCAACGUGAAAAGUUACUCUUGGACUUCGUUACCUUGUUCCAUCCCAUAUGAGGUAGAGUGAAAUUAGGCCAAGUUCGUCCACUCAUCCCCUGAAGGAAUUGUACUGCAAAAUGAUUUUCUCAUGCACUGAUCCUUCUUGAGCUGCACUUGCUAAAUCUUUCGCCACCUGCAUCAUUGCAUUCUUCUUUGGUGACACUUCUGCCAGUUGCGCCCCCUGCAUUUCCUAUGAUCGAAAAGUCUCUCCAACAGUCGGGACUGCGGUACUUAUAGCGGCAUUUUCCAUGAAACCAUUCGUAAAAUCAUUCUAAACCUUGAACAUUUCAGUAAGGUGUGCUCUCUUUGCGCUGUUUAGUGCACUUAACAACAAAAAGAUCUGCAGAUUUUUCAGCAUUUUUCUGAUAAGUGCAUCAAACAGGGCAAAGGUAAGGUACUUUAAAAAAAAUUCUAAGGUUUAAAAAAUUGAUGCCAAUAGUUCUGAUGCAGAAAAAUUUGCAUCAGAAACGUCGAAAUAUUUAAUUCUUGCAAACAUCUCUUCCGUAGUGUUGUCAACAAGCUUUCUUCUUUCAGACCCACAAUUCGAAAUGCCUGGAAAAAAUGAGAUGUUUUGAUCAGGGUAGGUAGAAAGACAGUUCAUCUUAAGAAGUGCUUUAAGGAAGGCAGCUUUGAGGCAUCAUGUCCACAAACAUACUAGAUGCAAACUUUCAGUGCUGCAUGCAACACUGUUACACUUGUGACAUGCAGUCUGUCAAACCAAAACAUUUUUCAUGCUGGUUAUCACAUCGCUCUAGUGAAAACGGUUAAUUUCUAGUUCAACUUCAGAAAAAAAAAUAUUCAAACUGGCUUGAACCACCUUGCAUUCAUUUGCAUAACUGAAUAAUAGUUAUAGAAAAGCAGUAUAAAUUUAUUUUGUGGAAGAACUCAACAGUCCUUCCGAGCUGCAUGGAAAGAGAGGAAAAAGAAAGUGUUCUUCAUGCCACAAGUAGUUACAAAAAGAAUUUCGAAAAGCUAACAAAAGUUUCAAAAAAGAUUUUGGUAAUCCACACAGUUGCAUAGGUAAUUCAGCAGGGGUUAGAAAGCUGUUCGCUUAGUUGAUCAGGUUUGAUAGUUUCUGCACGAUUCUAAAGCGAACCUUUCUUUGCCUACCUUCCCGAGUUUAGUGUCGCUUUCGUAUGUCCUAGCCAAAUUCCCAUCUUUCACAUGUGUUGUGAAUGUCUCUACAGCGAAGGCCCCCCCUACAAUGAAUUUGCUUGUAUGACGAAGGAAUAUAGGCUACCCUGAGGGGUAACAAACGCACGUAGCGCCGCCGCCACUUCCCUCCGUAGCUGCCACAGAGCGGUGGUGCUAGGCAGCCUUCAUAGAAAGGAUCUCUAGCAAACGGCACUUUGCGGAAGGGUUGGGACAGUGCAUUAGCUAUGCCACGCCUCCUCCCUUUUCUGCCUGCCCUAUUUUCGUCAUAGGUGAUGGUCUGCUCAGAACUGAUGGCAUGACGGCAUUGUCAAGGCCAUCAAGGAUGGGGUAGAGGCAAAAGUCAACGAAGGCAACAGUGUUAAAGGAGCUGCAUAAUAACCAAGAAUUUCGACGAACCUGUACAUCGCAACACUUCCGGAUUUCGUCGCCAAGCACGCCACCAACCUUGCUGCCAUAGCGUCGGCUGCUGUUGUAUAUUCUGUCAAACUAAGUGUGCAGAAGAACAUUAGCAGCUUAAUUCACUAAGUAUUUCUUAAAAUUAUUCAGUGAAAAUGUUACUGUGACACUUAUGUACUGUGCUUUGGCCGACAUAUUUUUGUUUUGCCCAUUGCCUCGUGUCACCGUUAGGAGCGAAAUAAAAUUUGUGUUUGCCGAUUUUCAUUUAAACCCUGGAAGCUAUACGCAAAAGCAAGGUUCAUGGGGAAAAGAAACGCGCCAAACUGCUUUACAGGUAGUCGAACCUUGAUUUAACAAACAUGGGUGUAACAAAUUACUGGAUAUGAAUGAUGAAACGUCUAUCAAAAACAAAAUGAAAAGCAAUAACAAAUUUAAAGAACUAGAAAAUAGAUUUACACAUGGUCUUGGAGCCUAGGCAUUAAAUAAGUUCAUAAGGCUCAUUCAUUAUGAAACCAAAGAGGCUUUAAUAGAAUGGCCUACUAUCUGCACAAUUCUUUAUAGACUCUGUUGUCUACACCAAGAAGAGAGAGAGUCCAUAGAGGGCCUGCUGCCUCUGAGCAGCCGAUGGUUGGCUAUCCCACAAAAUAUGCUUAAAGGGCUCCUGAGACGGUUUGUAGAUGCGUAGGUUACAGCUACAGUUAAUCAUUCGCACCACAAUCUGUGUGAAGCGUGUCAUAUUAAGAGAGCUAUGGAUGAUUACAAGUUACCCUCCUCCAUAGCCAUACAUUUUCUCUUCAACUCGUUCGCCGAGUGAUUGAGGCUAAGCUCCGCCUUCACUGGCUCUGCGUCAUGAUGGCAUGUCAUGUCGUCUACUUCCAGUUGUCUAGGAGUAAGUGCGUGAAGCCUCUCCACCCUCUUCACCAGCAGCUUGGCAGUCGACCCCAAGCGAGAACUAUCGAUGCAGCAAGUAGCGAAGCGUUUCAAGCAUUCUGUGGCAGUGCUGAGUGUGUCUGGUAUUCCGAUAACCAGAGACGAGAUGGGCGUUUCGACUGAUGGGUGGAGGCAUAAACUCAUGAUGAUGAAAGAGCUUUAGCGUAGAUGUACGUGAGCGGCCUGAUCGGUCUGCAUGGUUCAGCCACAUGGUGGCGCAGAGCUUACCAAGCGUAAGACAUUUUAAGCAACCCGCCGUGGUUGCUCGGUGGCUAUGGUGUUGGGCUGCUGAGCACGAGGUCGCGGGAUCGAAUCCCGGCCACGGCGGCCGCAUUUCGAUGGGGGCGAAAUGCGAAAACACCCGUGUGCUUAGAUUUAGGUGCACGUUAAAGAACCCCAGGUGGUCAAAAUUUCCGGAGUCCUCCACUACGGCGUGCCUCAUAAUCAGAAAGUGGUUUUGGCACGUAAAACCCCAAAUAUUAUUAUUACAUUUUAAGCAUUUACAAAAACAAUGCGUUCACAAUUACGCUCCUGAGAAAAAUUUACACCAGCAGCAUGAAAGUAGAAUAGACUUCGUUACAGCUACUGUGUUUGGUUGAGCUCUUGCCACCAGGUGGCUGCACCGUGCAGACCAUUCACGUUUGCGCCUCUGCUCAUCUCGUAAAGUGGCACGAUCAAGCGGCCCCAUGUACUUGCAUUUACCUGAAUACCUGACCCACAAAAUGAUAUUGUGGUAAUAAUCCUCCAGCGUAAAGUGACGGCCGCAAAUGCGCGAGUCGUGGCACUGAUCGAACAGCAACAGUCCGAUGCGCUGCAGCCACUUCACUCGUCUGCUGCUUUGCAGAGAGUCACGAUGUCGCAGCUUGACAUAUUGCCAUUUGCUACGUUUGCAGCAACUUGAUACGUUUACACCCACAACGUAACAAGGGUGAACCAUGGUGCCUGUGAAAAGAUCAAGAUCAACGCUGACCGCGAAGCUCUCGUCAACACAGAGCACAAUGUAACACAAGCAGACGACGCUUGCUUUGUGCUGGAAGUGCUUAAGGGCAGUGAGAAAUUGUCCUUGUGCAUUGUCUUUCAGCUACUCUCUAUAGAAACAAGUUAACUAACAUUCCAACUAUUAUGAACAAUAUUUUUUCACCGUAAAGUUGGAAAAGUUAUCGGUGACGCGCCCUGGGCAGCCAGUAUGAUAGCUCGCCCUACUAACGUCAUUAGGGCAAUUCAUGUCAAAUGGUUCAAGCAUUUGACAUUAAAAUUCAGCCGAGCGGUGUGCUGCGAUUGACAGCAAUGUACAUUAUUAAAACCUUAUAAUAAAUUACACGGUUUACGCGGAGCACUUAGAUGCAUCACUUAAUGAUCAGAAGAACCUACAACAAUUCAGUACGUCUGUACAAAAUUGUCAAAAUCAUUUUAGGGUCCCUUUAAAAUGGGAAGCAGCUUGGAGGCCAUAUAUGGGGCACUUCAGCUAAAUUAUAGCAUGUGAAAAGGUAAAAAAAAUACUGAUAUAUUGGCAAGAAAGUUGUUAUAUUUAAUUACUGGAUAUAUAAUGAAGUAAAUAUAAAAUCUUUCAUUUCAACAUCAGCAUGCAAUGAAUAUAGGCAUGUACUGAAUAUAGAAUAUAACGAAGAUAUUUUGGUGUCGGAUGUGACUUCGUUUUGAUAAUGUUUAGUUCACUAUCUCACAAACAUUCAUGCUUCUUGACUUUGCAUGUUUGUGCACGCUAUCUGUAUGGCUUACAAUGAGGGUGUCUGAUAGACUCUUCCGUUUAUCUUUUUUUUUCAUCGUGAUUUCCUAAUCUUGUUAUACAUAUACUGCAAGUAUGUAUUGUGCGGCAGUUCUGACGAAUAAACCUUGUUGUGAGUAA